AUGUUAACUGCUAGAGAGGAGGAAAGAUUUGCCUUGCUGUUUGUUCUCACGGAUGUAACAGCAGAGUUUGGGACCACACCAAAUCUUAAACAGAUUGUCAUUGGACGGUGUUUUGAAUAUGUAGCCCUGGCUAAUUUUAACCCCAGGUACAAUUGUGAGAAGAUAUGGCAGGAGUUUGAAAAGGCUGUGGUUAGGAGAUCCCCCUGUGAUGUCAGAGUUAAAGAUUACCGAAAAAUGUUCCAGGUCAUCACUCAGAUUUUACCAUGUGACAAGUUGCUGUUCUGGAGUAAGACGAGAGACUUCAUGCACAGCUAUGUAGCUGUCACAGAAUCCUUCUGGACAUUAGAAGACACACUUCUGGGAUUCAUGUUCAAUGAUCUGAUCUGGUGUGGACAGCAGGAGAGAGAGAGAGGUUUUGACUAUCAGUCCUGUCCAAAAUGGUCAAUGUGUUCGAACCAUCCUGUGUAUUCACUUUGGAAGCAGGCUUCUCAGAAUUUUGCUAUGGCUGCAUGUGGAAAUAUUACAGUCUUACUAAAUGGAUCAAUUCAUCAUGCUUUCAACAAAAAAAGCAUGUUUGGCAGUGUGGAACUGGGAAAUCUAAACCCAAGGAUGGUCACUCAUGUACACAUUAAAGUCAUCUACAACUUAGAGGGACCCUUUUUGGAGUCUUGCACUCAGGGAUCCAUCCUUGGACUGAUAGAGGUUUUAAAAAAACGAGGGUUCCACUGGACCUGCACAGACAAUGACUUGUAUGUUUGAUUUUCUUCUUUUAAAAAUAUUUGAAUUGUUGAGCCCAGUAGUGGCUCUUGACCAUAAAUUUAGGUAGGGCAGAUGUUAGGUCAUAGCAAUGGCUUAUGAUUAAC